AAUGCCAACACAUCCAUGCCAACAACAGCUGUCCUGACAGAUCCAGAUAAAACCGCCCAACUCCCACUUUCCAGUGCAGCCAGAGAAGGGAGAAACAGUGCAGAGUCUCCUCAGAUACAGAAUUGCAUAGACAUGACUGACACUCAGAGCGUCACAGUUCUCUUGGUGGCUCUUGUAACUGUUAUGUUAGUUGUCUCCUAUGGGAAAUAUGCAUGGAGAAGAAGGAAGAUGCCACCUGGACCAUUUCCUCUGCCCAUUUUAGGGAACUAUCUGCAGAUUCAGUCCGAGGGACUAGUGUCUGGCUUAGUAAAGAUAUCUGAAAAGUAUGGCCCCAUUUACACUGUUUACAUGGGCAGCAGACCCUGUGUAGUUCUGUCUGGGUACCAAGCCAUAAAGGAGGCAAUAGUCGACAUGGGAGAUGCCUUUCUGGAUCGAGGAAAUAUGCCUUUAGCUUUCCGUAUCUUCAAUAAUUCAGGGUUAGCUGUCACCAAUGGAGAGACCUGGAAGCAGUUAAGGCAGUUUUCUCUUAUGACUCUAAAGGAUUUUGGAAUGGGUAAGAAGAGUUUAGAAGAACCCAUACAGGAGGAGGCACAGCAUCUUGUGGAGCACUUCAAAGGCUUAAAUGAGCAACCGUAUGACCCAAGCUGCACUCUGACCUGUGCUACCUCUAAUAUUUUGUUAAAUAUACUGAUUGGAACACGCCAUGACUACAAUGACAAGAAAUGGAUGCAAAUUCUUGAAGAAUCAAGUGAGGCUUUUCAUAUUGUCUCAUCAAAGUGGGGUCAGAUAUAUGAUAUAUUUCCUAGGAUCAUGCAGUAUUUACCUGGACCCCACAAGAAACUGUUUACUCUUCUCAUACCAAUUAAAAAUUAUAUGAAGGAGAACAUCAGGUCUCACCAGGAGACACUGGAUCCUGCCUGUCCACGAGAUUACACAGAUUGCUUCCUCAUCAGAAUGAAGCAGGAAGAGAAGACUCUCAAUACUCCUUUUAAUAUGACAAACCUCUCAGAAACUGUAUUUGACAUGUUUUUAGGGGGAUCUGAGAGCACUACAAGUACAGUGAACUUUGGUCUUUUGAUACUGAUAAAGUACCCUGAGCUACAAGAUAAAUUGCAUGAGGAAAUUGAUCGGGUGAUUGGCCAAGUACGACAACCUAGAGUGGAAGAUAGGAACCAGAUGCCAUACAUGAAUGCUGUUUUACAUGAGAUUCAGAGGAUUUCAAAUGUCUUUCCAAUGGGCAUUUUUCGAUGUACCACCAGGGACGUGAACUUCCGUGGGUUCUGUAUUCCUAAGGGCACAGAUGUCAUUACCAUGUUGACAACAGUCUUACAGGACCCAGCAGAGUUUGAGACUCCUGGAGAAUUCAACAUUAACCAUUUCUUGGAUGAGAGUGGCAAAUUUAAGAAAAUAAAUGGAUUUCUACCAUUUUCUGCAGGAAAAAGAUCAUGUGUAGGUGAAAGUUUGGUGCGUCUGCAGCUUUUCAUUUUUUUCACCGUCAUCCUGCAGAAAUUCACCCUGAAAUCUACAGAGGACCCCAAAGACCUUAAUAUCUCCCCUGUGGAAAGUGGCCUUGAAAGUAUUCCUCCUUCCCACAAAAUAAUUUUUAUUUCUCGUGUUUAGGCUGCAGGGAGGGAGGGUUAGGGUUUGCACCACCAG